AUGAUUUCCAAAGGUAAUAAAAAUGGUAUAUUAAAUAAUAAUGAAGAAAACAGGAAUACUUCUUUUUUGAACCCGUAUGAAAAUUCCAAGAUUUCUAAAGACAAUUCUGCAGAAGAAAUAGCAGAAAAAUACUUAAGGAAUAAAGUGAGUUAUAAAACUAUAAAUAAAAAUAACUAUAAUAUAAAUAUAAAUAAUGAUUAUUAUGAUAAUAAAAAUAUAAGUGAAUGUAAUAAUUAUGUAUCUAAUGAUAAUACAUCAUAUUAUUUAAAUAAUAAAAAUGAAAAUGUUAAUUUAAAUUAUGUUGGAGGAAAAAAUUUUGAAAAGAAAAAUGAUUAUAUGUAUACAAAUUUAUUUUUAAAUACAAGUAAAAUAACUAAACUAAUUAAUUCUUGUAAUACUUCUAUGAACCCUAAUGAGAUGAAGAAAUUGUACAAAUCCAAAGAAGAGGAAGGAUAUAAUAAUUAUAUAAAAAAUCAGGAAAAAAAUAAUGUCGUAAAUACGAUUGAUGAUUUAUUAAAUAAAUAUACAAACAAUACUAGUAUUAGAAAAAAUGAUGAAAAGUUAGGGUAUUUUAAAUAUAGUAUGACCAAACCGUAUAUGUUAGACACAAAAAAGGAGAUAACAAAUAAAUUAGGGUUUGACGAUACCUCUGAAAGGGGCCGAUCAAAAUAUACUAUGAAUGAUGAUAUACAAUAUAAAGAUAAUAAUAGCAUCACCAUAAACAACAACAACAACAACAACAACAAUAAUAAUAAUAAUAACAAUAAUAACAAUAUUAUUAGUAAUAUUAGUAAUUAUAACAGCAGAAGUAAUUCGGGAAAACGCAACUUAUAUGAACCACAGAAUCAUAGUAAAAAAAAAAAUUUAAUCCAACGAAAUAAAGAUUAUGUUCAUUAUUUGAGCAAACGAAAUAGUAUUUUAAAAAAUGAAAUGCUAGUAAAGAAAGAUUUAAAAAAAAAAAAAAUGAGCGUUUCUUCAUAUGCAGAGAAUUCUUUUAUGAAGAAUAAAAUUAAAGAAGAUAGAUAUAAAAGAAAUAACUUUUUUUUUUUUGAUACACAUUCUAAGGAUGAAGAAGGAAAAUAUAAGGAAGUAGAUUUAAUUAACAACAUGAGUAUAUUUAAUAACAAAAAGGAGACAAUUUGUGAACAUAAACCAACUUUUCAUUAUAAUGAAAACAAUAAGCCUGUUAUUAAUAAUAUGAACACUUUUGAAAAAGAUUAUGAUAAAAUUAUAAACAAUUGCAUUAUUUAUAAAAGUAAUAAGGGAUGUGAAUAUUCAAGAAAUUCAAAUGAUAAUAGUUUAUUUGAUAUAAGUUUUUUAAAAUCUACUUAUUCAGAUUCUAGCAAAAUUAUUGAUUCCCCUUUAAGUUAUGAACAAGACAAUAUGAGCAUUUUCAAUAUAAGUAAUAACAAAAAAAAAAAAAAUGAAGAAUCUGUUAUAAAUGUUUAUGAUAGUUCCGAUUUACAUUCAAAAAGUGAUGAUAAUGUAAUACAUUACAAAGAUUCAAAUAAUAAAAAUAUGGUAGAUGUUACAAAUGUAUCUAAUGAAUGUACCUUAGAAUCCAAAAAUAAAACAUCAGACACAUAUUCAAAUAUAUAUAAUUAUGACAAGAAGAGUAAGACACAAAACGGAGAUAAUGAUGUAUCUAUAAAUAGGCAAAUGUCUUCAUCAUUAUUUAAUACCAAUACAGAUGAUAGUAAAAAAGGGGACUAUCCAAAUAAUACAAAUAAAAUAAUUACUAGUGGUCACAAUAUUGAUGGUAAUAAUAUUCGAAACAAUACUUAUAAUUUAAAAUAUAAUAUAAAUUAUAAUAAUAUUAAGAAUGAUAAAAACGAAACCUACAACAACAAUAUUAUAAAUAAGAAGGAGGGGUAUAUUCAUUAUUUAAAUGUACGCAGUAAUUAUAGUACAAAUAAUAUUAAUAAAGAGUAUGCCGAAAAAAAUUACAAAGAAAAUGAAAAUUUAUCUGAGGAUAUGAACAAUAAUAAUAUAUGGAAUGAUGGAAAAAUAUGUAUAAAGAAUAGGAAUAAUAAUAUGAACCGAUAUUUUGAAUGUAAAAAAAAUGAAGAUAUAAUAAAAGACAUCAGCAGCAACAAUAAAAAUAAUGAUAAUAAUAAAAAUAAUGAUAAUAAUAAAAAUAAUGAUAAUAAUAAUAAAAAUAAUCACAAUAAUAAUAAUAUUUAUAAUCACAAUAAUAAUAAUAUUUAUAAUCACAAUAAUAAUAUUAGUAUUGAUAAAAAUAAAGAAACCAAAUUAUUUCCUUUAUAUUUUUCUGAUAACAAACUAAAUAUUAUAUAUAAUGAUAAUAGGGCGGAAAAAAAUUACAUAAUGAAUAGUAAUAACAAUUUCUUUUCAAGCGAAAAGAAAAAAACAAGAAGUAAUCUAAAUAAUGGUGAUAACAAAAUAAAUUGUUAUAAUAAUAAUUAUAAUGAUGAUAAUGCUAUAAAUAUUUAUAAUUAUAAAAAUCAAAAUGUAGAUGAACAGCAAGAAAGAAAAAAGCAUUUGUACAACAUGAAUACUAGUCAUAUAAGAAAUGAGUGUUUAAAUAUAGAUAAACAACAUAUAAACGAAUUAAAUAAUAUAAACAAUUAUGAAGAUUAUUAUAAAUAUAUAAAAGAAUUUGUAAAUUAUAUACCUAUAAAUAUAAAAAAUAUAAAUAUUUUAUUAGCUCUAUCUUUAUACUUUUUAAAUUUUAAUAUAAAUAAUAAUUGUACAGAAAAUGAAAUAUCAGAUAGUUUAUUAACAAAAAUAUUAAAUAAGUUUUUAUAUUGUCUUAAUUUAAAAACAUGUUUACUUAAAGAAAAUAAAAUAAAUUAUAGUGAAGAUAAAUAUUAUUAUAUACAAAUAAAAGAAAAUGAUCUAAAAAAUAAAGUAUUGUGUGACGACAACAAGGAAGAAAAAAAAAAAAGUGAACAACAUAUAGACAUAAAAAAUAACAAUCAUAUAAAAGAUAAAAACCAUGUUGACCAUAAUAACCACGUUGACCAUAAUAACCACGUUGACCAUAAUAACCAUGUUGACCAUAAUAACCAUGUUGACCAUAACAACCAUAUGAAUGAUAACAAUAAUCACAAUUUCAUUCAUGAAAAUGGGAAUUCCUUAAGUAAUAAUAGUAGCAACUCUUUUGUUACCUUUUAUAAUAAACGAAUAAUAAAAUAUGAACAUGAUGAGAUAGCUAACAAUUUGUUAGAACAAAAUAUUGAUGAUAAGGAUAAACGUCGUACAACAAACAAAUAUGAUGAUAAAAAAGGUUUUUUUGUGUUUAACAAAAAUAUGCAAAUAAUAAGCUUAAUAGAUAUAUAUAAAAUAGCUUGGUGUUUAUGUGUAUUAAAAAAGAACGAAAUUUUUAUCGAUCUUUUAAGGAUAUUAUAUAAAGAGAUUGAAUAUAUGGAUGUAGAUAAAGAUUUAAUUUUUUGUGUAAUGUAUCUUUUUCAAUAUUGUAAUAUAAUAGAAAUAAAAGAAUGUGAAAUAAAUUUAAAUAAAAAUAUGAAUCUAAAUAUUACUAAUGAUAAUAAUGAAAAUAUGUGUAUGUAUUUACAUUUAUUAUAUAUAUGUUCAUUAUAUAAUGAAGAUAUUUUAUAUAAUAAUUAUCAUAAACAAAAUAUUGAAAAAAUUAUUCUAUGUUUUUAUGAUACCUUAGAAUAUUUAAAUUUAUAUACAUGUACUCAUAUAUUAUGUGUAUUAGCUUAUUUAAAUAUAAAAAAUGAUGAAUAUCCACAUUUUUUUAAUAAAAUAUUAAAUGUAUUUAGACAUAACAUAAAGAAAUUAAAUAAAAGUGUAUUAUUAGUAAAUAUAUUAUGGUCUUUAUGUUUAAUUGAAGUGCCAUGUUCGGAAUUCUUAAAGGAUAUAAGUGGAUAUAUUAUAAAUAUUCUUCAUUAUAUUCCUCUCAGUGAAUUUAUAACAAUAUCUUGUUGUUUCGCUUGUCAAAAAAUCAUACUAAUAAAUAAAUACUGGAAAAAUGUAAAAAAAACAAAAGAACCAAAUAUAUUACAUAAAUAUAUUCUAACCAUUUCUCAAGACAGUAUAAAUGAUUAUAGAGAAUAUGAAAAGGAUAUAAAUACAUUUUAUACAGAAAAGAAAUUAUAUCCAUAUUACUUUUAUAGGAAACCUGUAUGUCAUUCCAUCAUUUUUAAAAUAUUAGCAUAUAAUUUUUUACAUUACGAACAAAUAAAUAAAAAACAACAAGAUCAAAAUUAUAAAAUAAAUAAUGAUGAUAAUCAAAAUUUUGUAAGUGGUUACAAAAAAGGAAUGACUAAUAGAAGUCUAAGUGUAGAAAAUAGACAUGAAAAAGAAAAUUCAAAAAAGAAAAAAGUUCCUCUUCAAAAUUGUAGAUUUAAUAGUUCAAAUGUGUAUGGGAAUAUAAAAAAUGAUUUAAUAAAAAAUUACAACCUUGAAGAUAAUGAUGUGGUAAAAAAUGGUGUGCAGGAUGAAUUUGUAAAAAAUGGUGUGCAGGAUGAAUUUGUAAAAAAUGGUGUGCAGGAUGAAUUUGUAAAAAAUGGUGUACAGGAUGAAUUUGUAAAAAAUGGUAAUGAUUUAACAACAUGUGAAAAACAACAUUUACCCUUCUCAACAGGAUGGGGAGAUCUUUAUCAUAAUAAAAAAAAAAAAAAUGAGGAACAUAAUAGAAAUAUAAACAUAGAUAUUGAUUGUAAGCAUACUUUUUCUUCAUAUACACAAAAUAAUAUUAUAAAUUCUUUUAAAAAUGAUUGGAAAAAUAAUAUAAAUAAAAAAAAGAAUUUAAAGAAGUUUAAAGAAUAUUAUAAUAUAUAUGAUAAUAAAAAUAAUAAUUAUGAUUUUCUUCUGAAUUCAUAUGAACGUAUUUUAUUUACAAAUCUAAUAGAAGAUUGUUGUAAUAACAUAGAUAAAUUAAACUCUAUACAUUUUAUCGAACUUUUAUAUACUUUAUGUAUCUUACAUAUAGACAAAUCAAAAAUUGUUAAGGUUAUAGAAAAAAAUAUGAACAACAAAAUAUUUUAUGACCAUUAUGAGAAGUUUAUUGACAAGAUAAAAAAAAAAAAAAUAGAAAAUAUAAAUAAAAAUAAAAAUAAAAAUGGAAAUAUAAAUAAAAAUAAAAAUGGAAAUGUAAAUAUAAAUAAAAAUGGAAAUAUAAAUGAUAUAAAUAUUAAUGAUCUAGAUAAAAAUUUCAACAUGGACGAUGAAAUGAAAAACGAAAAAGAUGAUCUUAUCAUCUUAAAUUAUAUAUAUAACAAAUUUGUAAAAGAAAAUUCACAGUAUCUUAAUAAAAAUGAUUUAGAUAAUCAUUUUGUUUUAAUUGUGAAUAAUAUUUAUUUUUGUAAAUAUAUUAAUGAUGAUAUCUUUUUAAAAAUUAUUAAAUUUAAUAAAGAUACAACAGGAGCUAAAACAAAUAUUAAUGACACAACUACUACAAAUAAUGAUAAUAAUAAUAAUAAUAAUAAUAAUAAUAAUAAUAAGGACAAUAAUAACCACAAUAAUAAUCACAAUAAUAAUCACAAUAAUAAUCACAAUAAUAAUAAUAAUAGCACCUUUUAUAAAUUAAAAAAUAUAUUUUGUGGUACUUCCUUUAAAGAUAAGGAAUGUGUUAAACAAGAUAUACAUCAUAAUAAUGAACUUACACAAAGUAAUCAAAAUGAACUAUCAAACAAUUACACAAAUGAUUUAGUUAAUAAAAUAAAGGAUGAUAAGCAUCAUUAUUUUAUAUAUCCAAAAGAAGGUAGUGAUAAUAUAAAUAAUCAAUAUAAUGAGAAAAUUAGAAAUACAGAUAAUAAUAACCAUAUACAUAUCUAUGAUAAAAAAGAUAACAAUGUUUAUAAUAAUAUAUAUAAUAUACACAAUACACAUAAUGAACAAUAUGAUAAAUGUAACAUAAACAUUUAUCAAAAUAAACAUAUUAGUUUGUAUAAUAAUAAAAAUACACAUACAAAUAAUUCCCAAAAAGAUGAUUUCAUGUCAAAUGAAAAGAAGAAAAUGUAUUAUCAAGAUGAAAAAAAUAUUUACAAAGAUACACAUAAUAAUAUCCCUUCAUCAAAUAAUUAUAAUGGAUACUUAGGAGAACAUAAUAAUAAUAUAACAAGUGACACAAAUAAUAGCCCUGAAAUUAAUAGUGAUAAUACUUCAACAAAAUUAUAUAACCUUAAAAAAGAUUUACAAAACACAUUUAAAGCUUCUAUUUCAUAUUACAAUAAUAUAAGUAAACAUAACAAUAUAAAUAAUGAUACAGAUCAUAAGGAAAAUUUUAUUCCUUCAGAAAUUUAUAAUAAUAUUGUUAAAAAUAGAAAUAUUAAAAAUAUAAUAUAUAAUCAUAAAGAAAAUCAAAUAAUAGACGAAACAAAUUUAAGAAAUAAUAAUUCUUAUGAAGGAAAAAAAAAACAAAAACAAAAACAAAAUCCAAACAAUGUAAAAUAUAACUAUUAUCAUUUCAAUUCUUAUCAAAUAUUUAUCUUAUUAUUACAAAUUUCUAUGAUAUCCUUAUUUCUCUUUAUUAUUAUAUUCAUAUAUACAUCAUUGACAUAA